AUGCACCUUUAUGCUGUCACCCGUGUUUCCUUGUGAGAACAUUUCCUUCACAGGCUCACGCAAUGCGCUUGAAUCAUUCUCCGAUGGAUCAAUCAGAGAAGGAGACACCCUAGAUAAUAGCAAGUUUUAUCAUAUCAUGGGUGGGGUUCUCGGCAGGCUAAAAACGAUAUCCGUCAUAUGCGGAUAGACACAAAUACCAAAGGUCAAGUCGGUACUGCUUUCCGUGUUUACAAACAAACAUGGCGUCGCCUUGCCAUUCGACGAUCGAUUCAGAAUUAACCAUCGUCAGUCUGGAAAAAGACCUGCUGGGGUAUUAAAACAACAGUUUAAUAUUCUGAAAAUCAUUGUCCAACUGUGACGUAGCAAAGGCAUUUUACAAGUUUGGGCAAAUUGGGAGAUAUAAAUUGCGAAACAAUUUAGCGAGGACACCACUGCAGCCAAGGGGAACUGGCGAAGCUGGAAAUGAUGAGUCUCGAGCGUGCUAUGAAGGGGUUGGGUGGGAUACAUUCCCUCUUCCUCGUUAUACAGCAUGGGAUACUGGGGCCUUUUAUUGCAAUCUGCACAGCCUUUACAGCGUUGUUCAAGAUAUUCGAGUCUCUCAGUGCUGUGUUUAACAUCUUUAACGUGAUUACUGGGAAGAAAAGGCCAGGUCCAAAUACUUCACACCAUGAUCCUUCUCCAAGGGCGGAGGUAAAAGUAGUGGGAAAGACUUCCUCUGGCUAUUCGUCUUACGUCCAGACAACCGGUGUGGAUGCAGAGGCCGCGUCUGACGUGACGAAGGCGUUGCGAGGAGUUCAGAGGCUGAACACGGUGGGCAUCACAAGAGGCAGUGCAGGUACCGUUGUGACGACCGGUAUACGGAUCAGGUCGACUCAGAACAGGGCAAGAGACCGACUGUUGAGGAGGUCUGGGGCCAACACGGAACAGGCAAGAGACUGACUGUGGUAGACAUCUCGGGCCACCACAGAACAGGCAAGAGACUGACUGUGAUAGACAUCUCGGGCCAACACGGAACAGGGCAAGAGACUGACUGUGGUAGACAUCUCUGGGCCACACAGAACAGGGCAGGAGACUUACUGUGAUAGACAUCUCUGGGCCACACAGAACAGGGCAGGAGACUGACUUUGAUAGACAUCUCGGGCCAACACGGAACAGGCAAGAGACUGACUGCGGUAGACAUCUCGGGCCAACACGGAACAGGGCAAGAGACUGACUGUGGUAGACAUCUCGGGCCAACACAAAACAGAGGAAGAGACUGACUGUGAUAGACAUCUCUGGGCCACACAGAACAGGGCAGGAGACUGACUUUGAUAGACAUCUCGGGCCAACACGGAACAGGCAAGAGACUGACUGUGGUAGACAUCUCGGGCCAACACGGAACAGGGCAAGAGACUGACUGUGGUAGACAUCUCUGGGCCACACAGAACAGGGCAAGAGACUGACUUUGAUAGACAUCUCGGGCCAACACAGAACAGGGCAAGAGACUGACUGUGAUAGACAUCUCUGGGCCACACAGAACAGGGCAAGAGACUGACUUUGAUAGACAUCUCGGGCCAACACGGAACAGGGCAAGAGACUGACUGUGGUAGACAUCUCGGGCCAACACAGAACAGGGCAAGAGACUGACUGUGGUGACAUCUCGGGGCAACACAGAACAGGCAAGAGACUGACUGUGGUAGACAUCUCGGGCCAACACGGAACAGGGCAAGAGACUGACUGUGGUAGACAUCUCUGGGAAAACACGGAACAGGGCAAGAGACAGAUUGUGGUAGACAUCUCUGGGCAACACGGAACAGGGCAAGAGACAGACUGUGGUAGACAUCUCUGGGCAACACGGUACAGGGCAAGAGACAGACUGUGGUAGACAUCUCUGGGCAACACGGAACAGGGCAAGAGACUGACUGUGGUAGACAUCUCCGGGCAACACGGAACAGGGCAAGAGACUGACUGUGGUGACAUCUCGGGCCAACACAGAACAGGGCAAGAGACUGACUUUGAUAGACAUCUUCGGGUCUACACAGAACAGAGGCAAGAGACUGACUGUGGUGACAUCUCUGGGCCACACAGAACAGAGGCAAGAGACUGACUGUGGUGACAUCUCGGGCCAACACGGAACAGGGCAAGAGACUGCCUGUGGUGACAUCUCGGGCCAACACGGAACAGAGCAAGAGACUGCCUGGGGCUUCAGAGGACUGUAACGUCAGCUGUGUUUACAAGGAUUCCAACCCUAAAUGUGUGGGAGUUUGCUCAAUUUAAUAACCAAUGGGCUGCCUGGUCCAGACUCAAUUAUUUACAGCCAGUCAUAAUAUUGCUGGAAUAUUGCUGAGUGCGGCGUUCAACAACAAAGAAACAACACAAGGAUCAGUCAGUCAGUGAUGUCUGUAGCUUCACAACAAGCACAAUUGAUUUCAUCUUCUGUAUCAGUUAACAUCCACAUCAUGUAUUGGGCAUUGAUGAUAAACACUUUGUCAAAACAUCGAACUUACAGUUUGCACCUUAUUCAAGUGAAUUUUUUUUUUUCUUAGUUAAACUAUUUAAAAAAACAAUGUCAAUUACAAAUGAAUGUCACUGUUGAGGGAAUGUUGCGGUCUACAUUAGUGUCUGAAUAUUGUUUUAAUCCACAUCAGCAACACGUUAACUAAUUGGAGUCCGUGUAUCAAAUAUUUUAAUGACUGUUCUACUUUACUGACACCUUGGUAUAUUAAAGUUAUAUCCUGGAAUAAACAAAUCAUACUAUU